AACAAAAGCGUCCGUUAACCCUGUCCUGUGACGUCAUGACGCUCCGUGUUUAUGUGGAAGCGCUCAGCCGACAUUCCGUACGAUAGCCUGGCAGACAUACACGUCUAGAUCUUUUAAACGUGUGCUGCAGUGACAACCUGUCACUGGUGCCAUGGUCCUCUGUCACAUAUGAGCUCUACUAUGUGGUACAUCAUGCAGAGCAUUCAAAGUAAAUACUCCUUGUCUGAGAGACUGAUCCGCACCAUUGCCGCCAUCCGCUCUUUCCCCCACGACAAUGUGGAGGAUCUUAUUCGUAAGGGGGCGGAUGUGAACCGGAUGCAUGGCACCCUCAAGCCGCUUCACUGUGCCUGUAUGGUUGCUGAUGCUGACUGUGUGGAGCUGCUUUUGGACAAAGGUGCAGAGGUGAAUGCUUUGGAUGGCUAUAACCGCACAGCACUGCACUAUGCUGCAGAGAAGGAUGAAAACUGUGUUGAGCUGCUGUUGGAGUAUGGGGCUCAGCCAAAUGCUCUGGACGGGAACAAGGACACUCCACUUCACUGGGCCGCAUUUAAAGAUAACCCUGAGUGCGUGCGGGCACUGCUGGAAAGCGGGGCCUGUCCAAAUGCUCGUGACUACAACAACGACACGCCUUUGAGCUGGGCAGCAAUGAAAGGCAACCUUGAGAGUGUCAAGGUACUUUUAGACUACGGAGCUCAGAUCCAUGUGACCAACUUGAAGGGUCAGACCCCUAUCUCGCGACUGGUUGCCCUCCUGGCCAGAGGUCUGGGCACUGAGCAGGAGGAAGAGUGCUUGGAGCUGUUGUGUCGAGCAGCAGGGCGUUUUGAGAUCCGACGAGCUGAUGGCACCCUACCCAGGGAGCUAAGUAAAGAUCCCCAGCUGCUAGCUAGGCUGUCCAACAUGGUGGCUCAAGUUCCAACGCUUCGUUCUCUGGCACGCUGUGCUGUACGCCAGAGUCUGGGCGCACAGUUCCUCCCUACUGCUGUGAAAGAGCUUCCUCUACCAGAGACCAUCAAGGAAUAUCUACUUUUGAGAGAUUGACAAUUAAAUCUCAUUGGUGCUCUGAGAUUAAGUGGUCAAUGACUGGACGACUCAUCACUCAGCUUUAUCAAAAAGCAAAUAACUAAAUUAUAGGAUUUUGUCUGGCAGUGCCCCCGUUUAUUACAUUAUUUUGUAAUCUAUUCAUGUGGGAAGAAUCAAAAGACUCCCUUAGUUAUUUUGUCACUGAUUAAGUAGUUGCACAUGUGAGCAUUUUUGAUCAGUGUUGCGAAUAAUAAUCCUGGGUGGAUAGCUUUGUACUAUCCACUGUGACACUCUUUUUAAGGGACGUAUGACCAUAAAGGAACUGUUCAGCUUCGCUAUAGGAGGACGUCCGGAUGAGGCAAGACGGGUCCAAAACUCCAGCUCCAUAGGACAAAAUCAUGUGAAACCAAAACUUUACUAAACACCAGUUUGUUACCCCAAUUGUCAGUUAAAAUAUACAUUUGUCAAUUGUAAAAAUGUCCUUGCUUUGGAAUAGGGGAAUUGGAACAGAAAUCUAAAACCUAUGGGUUGAAAGGUGGUUAUGGAAGCCAGUUUGAUGUUUUACUUAAGGUCGUACUUAAGAAAAAUUGCCAACAAGAUGCAGGCUGACUAACAUUUUGGUUUAAGUUUUGUCAUUUCUCUAGUGGUGUGAACAAAACAAUGUAAGAAAAAUACUUUUUAUAAUACGUCAAGUAAGUAAAAGAUGUCAAAGUACAAAAAAAGGACGGGGGAGGGAUUAGGGAUAAUAAGCAAUAUUAAUUAAUUUUAAGUAAAGACAAUUUGCCAAUUAAUCUAUUUAGUUUAGCAAAAUGUGCCAGUCAGUCUUCUGAAAAUUUCCAUCACUGAUGAAAGUGACAUGUCUGUGACGUAUAAGUCACAUCUGAAGUUAUGUUUAAUGAAAAUGUGGGAUUGUGGUUGCUGGGAGGGCUUAUGGUGUUUUUAUUUUGCUUUAUCAUUAAGGUGAAAAAAAUGUGUUAGGUCUGAAAAAAACUCAAUGUUCAAAAAUGGAAAGUGCUUUGUGUUAAAUAUGAAUUUAUAUGUAAUAACCACAGAAUGGCAUGCCCACUAACUGUGCUUGAAAGAGACAUAAGCUUGCAAAUUGUGAUUAUUUUAAAAUACAUUUCUUCAUGUCUUUGCAUCUCAGCGUCUUCAUUCUCAAUUCACCCAGUAGGGGGCUCUCUAUCCUUGUUUUUUAAACUGCAUGAGAAUUUACAAUUGUUUGAAAUUGUGCAAUAUUAUAUCUUUUUUUUCUCAUUUAAAAUUUUUUUUUUUAAAGAAAGCCCAGAAAUUUUUUUUAUUUUAUUUUACAAUGCUCUAUUAAAAAUAUUUUGCUUGGACUAAUAAAUGCAAUGUUUUAAGGAACUUAUUUAUUCGUUUUUAACAAUUAUGCUUGGGGGAUGUUUUGUUUUUGUUCAGACAUCAUCUUCAUGCUGUAUCUUGUGCAAAGGUCAAAAUAAUUUUUGUUCACAUGUUUAAAUGUUAAAUAAAUAAAAGAAGUGGCCAAAU